CACAAAUAACCCCUCCCCUCCACACAGGCGUUACUAAGCAAUAGUUUCCCAUAGCAACUGAAGAGACAACAGUAGGCAACUCCCAAGCAGCAGCAUCUUCUCUGAAUCGGGACCAAGCGGAGCAGGGGCCCCAUCAAGCCAAGGAUGACAGCGCUGUGUGCCCAAGAGAGCAUAUAUAAUCUCCUACCGCGGGUGGCGGAGAAGCCAAUCAAACUACCAAGAUAUAUAUCAACAUUUAGACCAUCUGUGAAACAUGAAAUGGAAGAAAAUAGAGCUCCAUGGAAAACUAUGGGACCAGCAAAAAAUGAAGUACCAUCUCCAAAAAAAUUUCUUCUGAAACAUUCAAAGGAACCAAAGCUACCAGACAGAAAAAGAGAUGAAGGAAGAAAGAGGUUACUAACAAUACCAUCAGUGCCACAUGUGAAAGAUCACCCACUUAUGGGAAUUCAAAGUAAAAAGAAUUUCAUAAAUACAAAUGCAGCAAAUGUUAUCAUGGGAGUGGCUAAGAAGCCUCAACCUAUUUGUGUUGACACAAGACAAGGAAACAAAUAUCUCCUUGAAACUUCAGGACUUGUCCCAAAAUACAUUAAUAAAAAGGAUUAUGGUCUGACUCCCAAAUACGUAAUUAAGCGAAAUGAGGAAGUAAAGAGAGCCCAGGAAGAGUAUGAUGCCUAUGUCAAGGAGACUCUGAGGCAAAAAGCCAUGAAACGACUGUCUGAUGAAGAAAGGGAAAGUCUCCUACAGGGUCUGAAAAAGAAUUGGGAAGAGGUACAUCACGAGUUCCAGGGCCUUUCUGUAGAAAUAGACACCUUACCAAAGAAGAUCCAUAAAGAAAGGCUGGAGUCACAGAUGAAACAACUGGAGCAUGACAUUAAUAUAAUUGAAAAGCACAAAAUUAUCUAUAUUGCAAAUAAGUAAGAAGUGCCUUGCAAAGAAUUUUUUUUACCCUGAGAAGAAAAUGAAACAAAAGGAAAUGAAACAAGUCCACCUUAUUCAAAGAAAGAGAAAUAGCUAAUUUAUACAAAUAUAAUAGAAUUUUAGCAAGUUGUUACAGUUAAGGAAUUUUUCAUUUGUAUAAUUCACAUAUUUUUUCAAAUAAAAGUCUAUAUUAUUUUCAUUUUCAAUAAAGAAAUACAAGUUUUAUUUCUUAUUAAAGUAAAUCUCCUUUAUCUAGUUUUCCUAUGAAUGUUAUAUAAAAGAUUGAUAAAAGUUUUGAUAUGUUCAAAGUACUUAUUUUUUGGCAUGGAAAUGCUAAGUAAUUGAACUAAUUCAUCUUAGAAGUGAACUUGGUAAACACACUGAGUGUGGAAAUGACUUGCAUACUAGUUAUUAAAGAACUGCUAAUAAUGGAACUGCUAAAGCUUUGGAUCAUUCUGUUUAUGAACAAUUUGGUUACUGUAUCAUACGUUUGCUUUAUAUCUUCAUUUUUAUUACUAAGAACAAUUUUCAGUAUAUUUACAGUGGGGCCCUCUAAAAAGUAUAACCUUCCAGCAGUAGUGUUACCAUGGACAGCAGAGUACACUGUGUUGGGGAAUGAAUGAUUUCAUAAUCCUGUGAUAAAUGUAUAGCAGGAAGAGUACUUUUUGUUUGCUUCCAUUAUACAUAUAAUGUUAAAUUGAAAGUGAUGUUACAACACAUG